CGAAUGAAUUUGGGGGAGUGCCUGGUUUGAAGCUAGCAAACUGCCGUCGUUAGUGGGAAGGAGGCGGUUCUAGUCCCCCGCUAGCACGAGAGAAAGACCCGCCUCAUCUGUAGAAUGAACGCUGCCAGUCUGGGAACGUUCCGACAGUAAUUAUUAUACCUCAGUAAUUCCAGCCGGCUCCUUUGCUUUGGUAAACGUGUUAGAGUUCUCACAGCUUGAAGACUACUUAUGGAUGGAAACUUGACCACACGACGUGACACUGGAUCUCUGCUGGGAGUGUGUGGCCUGUCGUUGCCUGCACAGUGAGGCUUGGUGCCUGGAGCUGAGUCUAGCUCUUUCCCCCUCCCUUCUGGUGGCUCCUUAUGCUGGAUUGCAGCUGUACCCUGUGUCUUGCAGGAUGGAUGGUGUGGAUCUAAAGGGUCCCGUGUGUUGGCAGCGCUCCCUGUUCUGUGACAGUUUUCUCUUCUUUUCUAUUUACAAAAGAACACCCCCCAUCCUCCACCCAGACUCUGAGCCCUGUAUACCUACUAACUGUAUUUAAGCAGCAGUCACACAGGUUGGAAUAGGUGAGGGAGGUUUGCAAAACAAGCUCCUGUUUUAAUUGGUCAGUCUGACCACAUAGAUUUCCAUUUCUUUCCAAAGCCUUUAUGGAGGAAGUUUGAGUUUUCUUUUCUCUGUUGAAUCAUAUCCGCUCACUAUCGUUGGGGGUUGUGGGAUGUCGGAAAAGCCCAACAACAAGAUGGUUAAGUUCCUGACUCCCCUUCCCAAGAGUGGUAACGGAAACAACGGGUCUGGCUCGGACUCGCUUGUUGGUGAACGGAUGGCAGCGGAGGUGAGGCGGCGCCACCACACCAUGGAGCGCGACCGUUGCGCUGCAGAACAUCGAACAUUCUUCCGUCGCAGCGUCAUCAGCGACUCCAACGCCACAGCCCUUGACCUCCCCUUACCGAGUAAAAUCCCUGUCCUUGCACCUCUGGUACCCCGCGUGCGAGAUGUCGCGCCCCGGCACUCUGGUGCACUGCCCACCCCAAGACCUGCACCCCGUGUGACUGUGAGGGAGGAGUUGGCUGAGUGUGAAGGUGGAUUGAAGGUGGAUGUGGUGUCUGUAGAGCACAAGGCUGCUGUACUACAAGAUAUCUGUGAUGGGGAAGCAGUGGUGGCUCAGCAAGCAAACAGUCUAGCUGCCCAACCUCUGAGCCAAACAGAACCUGAACCUGAGAGUGAGGUGAAGGAGAGUGGAGAGAGUGAAGAAGGAGAGGGGAGGGAAGCAGAUAAGGAAGAGAAGGAGAAAGCCCGGGUAGAGGCUGAACUGAGAGAGGCGGAGAAGAAGGUGCAAGAUGACAUUGAGGAAGCCGAGACGAAAGCGGUGGGAACGUCGCCGGAUGGGCGUUUCCUCAAGUUUGACAUUGAGAUUGGACGUGGUUCCUUCAAGACGGUCUACAAGGGCCUGGACACAGAGACCACAGUGGAGGUGGCAUGGUGCGAGCUGCAGGACCGUAAGCUGUCCAAGUCGGAGCGCCAGCGGUUCAAGGAGGAGGCGGGCAUGCUGAAGGGGCUGCAGCACCCCAACAUUGUCCGCUUCUACGAUUCCUGGGAGGCCCCUGUUAAAGGCAGGAAGUGUAUUGUGCUGGUCACAGAGCUCAUGACCUCUGGAACACUCAAAACGUAUCUGAAGCGCUUCAAGGUCAUGAAGAUCAAAGUUCUGAGGAGCUGGUGUAGGCAGAUCCUGAAGGGCCUUCAUUUCCUCCACACCAGGGCCCCGCCUAUCAUCCACAGGGACCUGAAGUGUGACAACAUCUUCAUUACGGGGCCCACAGGCUCCGUCAAGAUAGGAGACCUGGGAUUAGCAACACUCAAGAGGUCCUCUUUUGCCAAGAGUGUCAUAGGUACCCCUGAGUUCAUGGCGCCUGAGAUGUAUGAGGAGAAGUACGACGAGUCAGUGGAUGUGUAUGCCUUUGGGAUGUGCAUGCUGGAGAUGGCCACCUCAGAGUACCCAUACUCCGAGUGCCAGAACGCUGCACAGAUCUACCGCAGAGUCACCAGCGGGGUGAAGCCGGCCAGCUUCGACAAGGUGGCGAUCCCCGAGGUGAAGGAGAUCAUCGAGGGAUGCAUCCGACAAAACAAGGACGAGAGGUACUCGAUAAAGGACCUGCUGAACCAUGCCUUCUUCCAGGAGGAGACAGGGGUGCGUGUUGAGCUGGCCGAAGAGGACGACGGGGAAAUGGAGGCCAUCAAGCUUUGGCUGAGGAUAGAGGAUGUCAAGAAGCUGAAGGGGAAAUACAAGGACAACGAGGCCAUUGAGUUCUCCUUCGACCUCAGCAAGGACGUCCCUGAGGACGUGGCCCAGGAGAUGGUGGAGUCUGGCUACGUGUGUGAAGGGGACCAUAAGAUCAUGGCUAAGGCCAUCAAGGACAGAGUUUCCCUCAUCAGCAGGAAGCGAGAGCAGAGGCAACAGGUGCGAGAGGAACAGGAGAAGAGGAGGCUGGAGGAGGAGCAGGACCAGCAACAACAACAACAACAACAACAACAACAACAACAACAACAACAACAACAACAACUACUACUGCAGCAGCAGGGCCAACCUCAACCAGGGCUCCAGCCCGGCACAGAGGCCCCCCAACCAGCCCAGCCCGUCCCUCAGGCAGCCCCCCAGCCAGGACAACAGGGUGCCCCUACAUCCCCCCACAGCCCACCCAGCAGCCAACCCAGCCCAUGGCCCCCUACAUCCCCCCUCAGACAGCACAGCUGGGGCCACAGGGGGUUCCCUAUAUACCCCAGUCGACAGGGCAGCUCCCAGUCUCUGUCCCAGUACCAGUAUCGUCCCAGGUUCCAGUCCAGGUUCCAGUCCAGGCAGAAUCAGAGAGGCCAGAGGUGGACCAGUACCCACAGCAGACUGAGACUGGUCUCCAAUCAAAUGACAGAUAGUGCUCAGGGUUCCUCCGUCCUUCAUGAGACGCACCCGGUUCAGCCGGUGAUGUCAUACACCUCUCUUCCCAGUCAGCAGCCUCAGCCACAGGCCCCUCCUCCUGUCCAAACAGACCCAUCACGUCAGCCGCAGCAGACCAUGGUGGUUCCUGCUGCUCAGCAUACCACUGUUGCCCCUGGGGCUCCAAGCUCCCAGCCUGCCCCUGGGGCCACACAACAGUAUGGAGGUUACUACCACCCACCACUCCCCCCUCAGGUGCCUCCCCAGCAGGUGACAUUGCCCCCCUCUCAGCCCAUCCCUCCUCUGCACCUCCAGCAGCCACAGCCAGAGGGCAGCGAUGCACCUCAGAGCUCAGUACUACCACCUCUCCAGCCUGGAGUCCGGCAAAUACAGGCCUCUGUGAGUGUAUCCCAGCCGGCGCCACCCGAGCAGGCAGCAGGUCCGACAACACUUGUCCCUCAGUCUGUGGAGAGUUGCCUGUCAGACGCAGCGUCAGGUCUGAGUGACGGCUAUGAAGGGGCGUCGGGUGGUAGACACGAGGGGCGCUCCAUGAUCAAGCGGCACCAGCGGCGUUCCGUACGCAGCCGCUCUCGGCAUGAUAAGACCGCCAAGGCCAAGCUCAACGUCCUCAAUAUCUCCAACAUGGGAGACCGGGUGGCAGAGUGCCAGCUGGAGACUCACAACAGGAAGAUGGUGACCUUUAAGUUUGACCUGGACGGAGAUAACCCAGAGGAGAUUGCACAGAUCAUGGUGCUGAGUGAAUUUAUCCUGGAGAGCGAACGUGAGUCGUUCAUCGAGCAGGUUCGUGAAGUCAUCGAAAUGGCGGACGAUAGAGAGGGCAUGAAGGAAGGCUAUGCUCAACCACCCUUUACACAGAUUGUGGUGGAUGACCCCUCACAGCAGCCUGACAUGCCCACUCAUCUGCCUGGUGUUCCUCCCAGCGUUGCAGCUCAGGUAGUCCACUCUGCAGGCCGGAGGUUCAUUGUCAGCCCUGUCCCAGAGUCCCGUCUGAGGGAGCAAUUCUUCGGCCCUCCAUCUGCUAACACCUCGUUUGGGGAUGAACCCCCUCAAGUGAGUCUGGGCCUGUCCCUGUCUGCCCCCUCAGGCCACCUCCAGCAGGCCUUAACUGAGAUGAGGCAGCCGCAUGGGGAGAGACGAGCCACCAUGGGCCACCCAGCCGAGCCAGACACCAGCAUAGUCCCCUCCUCCCUGCGCCCAGCCUCCCCUCUCUCCCACCCUCACCAAACCUUGGCUCCCCCAGAGGCUACAGUCCCCACCAACACUAGCUUCUCCACCCUGCCUCCUGUCUCAGUCAUCCCCUCUGGGUCCUCCACUCUUCCUCCCUCCACAUGCCAAGUUGCAACCGGGAGGGUGUCUCCAACCCCAGUUCCAGCCCCUGCAUCUGCUACCACUGAUCCCACCCCACACCCCCAGCCUGACUACCAAGCUGCCCCCUCUCAGCCUACCCCUGCCCAAAUCACAUCCCCUCCUCCAGCUGCUCCCCAGGCCACCCCGGCCCCUGUCCCCCCAGCUGCAACCCACCAGCUGGGAAGCAGCUCUGCCCCUUUCCCCCCUGUCUCUGGAGCUCCACCCAGUAACUCUGGGACUGUGACCAGCUCAGAGCAGCACCCUGCAGCUGACCUUGUUCCUAUUCCAUCCUCUCAGCCUAUCCCUGAGUCCAUACCUGUCACUCAGCCCACCUCCUCCCAGUCCCAGCUUAUCCCUGCCUCUGUCCCUGUGGCACAGUCUGCAAUGGCACCCAUCCAACUUCCACCCUCUACCCUGCCCUCCCAACCGUCCCAGCCAGGGGACCCAGAUGGGGUAGAGUCCCAGUCCAAGGUCCCUGGUAUAGAUGACAUACAUGCCCUGGAUAAGAAGCUGCGCUCCCUCUUUAAGGACACAUCCUCUGCGGACACUGGCAACACUGAGACCACCUCCCCCUCCACAGGGACCAUCUCCCCUCCCCCCGGGGCGGCCCCGGUGCCCCCCUCCAACCUGUCUCUCACCGCCGGGGGACAGGGAGCCCAGGGCCCCACCGCGACCCCAGGACAGGGCCUCACACCAGGGGGACAUGCACAGACACCUCCAGCCAAGCCUGGUCAAGCCACCAGUGCACAGGUGUAUCCUGUUGGCUCCGAGCAGGCAGGCACCCCUACCUCCGAGCAACUGCCUCCAUUCCCAGGACCAAACCAGUCCCAGCAGCCUGUGGGUAGUCUGGACGGCCAGCUAAGGAGAGCUCUGAGCCCAGAGACCAUCCCAGGGAGCAGUGAGGCAGCCUUGCCCUCCACAAGGGUCGUUGAACUGGGACGCUUCCAAGUCUCCGUUGCAGCAGACGCUAGCACCGGCAGCACUCCUGACCCCUCCAACAUCGCCUCCUCUUCCUCUCUCACCCCAUCCUCCUCAUCCUCCUCUUCCUCUUCCUCCUCUUCCUCCCUCUCCAGCCCGGAAAACACCCUCCACCGCUCUUCCUCCCUCCUUUCCAAAGGGGUCCGGAGAGGAGACUCUGUAGAUGCGCUCUCUUCUGUCCCAACACAGCCCACCACCAUCGGACGCUUCCAGGUGUCUACUAGUGCCAGCACUGGCCCCAGCCCUAAUUCUGUCUCGAAGGUGGGCCGUUUCUCAGUGAUGCCAGCCACAGUCAAUCCCAUGGCACCUCCGGGGUCUAGCCCCUCCCAUCAGAACGGCCCUUCCUCUUCGACCUCUGACCUCCGUAGCUCCGCCCCUGGUGUGAACAUUGGUUCAUUUAACCAUUACAUGACCAGCGACAACGAGGACGACUCGGGGCCUGAGGACGAGGCCUUCCAGAGCGAAGUCAGCUGCCUCCGAGAGAAACAUAUGAUAGAGAUCCAGACCCUCCACUCACGGCAGAAGGAGGAAAUAGAUGCUCUGUUCACCAGGCUGGGUAAACCUCCUCCUUCAGCUGUCCUCUCCCCUGCUAUGGCUGGGGGCAGACGUAGACCCAAGACCAAGGCCAGCAAAUCAGCCCGCAGCAGCGCCCAGGCCAGCCCCCAGCACUCGGGAGUCCCAGUCACAGGCCAGAUCCCCCCAGCGUCCCCACCUAAGCAGAUGUCUCCCCCCACUGCAGCGCUCUCAGACAGCCAGACUUCUACCAUGGGAGUGAGUGGGACCAGUUCAGACAGUGGAGUGAACACCAGCCAGUCUCAGCCAUCAGGCCCUAACACAGCGCCGGCCCUAACACAGAACCGAAAGGGCACGUUCACAGACGACCUGCACCAGCUUGUUGACAACUGGGCCCGAGACGCCAUCAGCCUCUCCCAGGGCAAGAAAGGACCCAAGGGAACAGCCCAGGGACCCGGACAUGACAUCCCUCUACAUAUCCCUCCACAAGCAAACAUGAGCCGAAAGUUUUCUGCCCCCGGCCACCUGUGCCCUACCCUCCCGUCUACCACCCUGGCAGGUGCCCACCUCCCCAUUACCACUAACCCCUCCAACCCACUCUGCCAGCGUCAGGGCUCUCUAGGCCCCCCUCCCCAGGGAUUUGGCUAUGGCACAGCCCCCUACAGCGCCCCCCAGUGGGCAGGACCCUGUCAGGUGGGUCUCCUGGCCCAGUACCAGGCCCCUUCCGUGGCCUCAGCCCCCCUUCAGCAGGCCUUCCACAUGGGAGCCACCCAGAAACCUGUUAGCAACCCUGGAGGUCCCAACCUGAGGCCCACAUAGCCCAGUCUGCAGCCCUGGACCUGGGUUAGUAAGGCUGGGCUGAUAGGAACUGAGGGCAGGGAGGAAGAGAGCCAUAGGAGGACAACUACUAUCUGACGUUCUAUUUCACUAAUUGGUGAGGUGAAAUAAAGAGGAUGAAGUGAAAAUGGAGGAGAGGAGGCUGUGGUUCAGUCCUGUCAGACAGACAGAGAUGACUGUCAGUUGGAGGGAGAGUGCAAUACAUACCCACAGCACACAAUCACACCUUCACCCUUACCAGGGCCCAGUCUUUUCUGCCAAUGGCUGUGGAAGCAGGCUGUGAUUGACAUUUGGGUUUGUCCAAUGAAAGUUAUGGACCCAAGGGCACAACUGGCAAUGGCCAAAGACAUCUGUUGAAAGCACCAUUGUGAUCUCAUCAUUCCCUUAAACAGGAGGGUAGGGUGGGGGAAGUCUUAAUCACUUCUUGACUGUAACUGGCCUUAAGCUUACCUAGGACAGAGUUAGCAGAUGGAGAGAACCCCCACAAACACAUACACAUACGCCUCCUAGCACUACUGUCAUUGGCUGAGAUUGAGGCUUUGAAUGGUAUGAGAAACUGAUUAAUUGUGGGUAACAAGUUUGUAUAAUGAAAGGAGAGUGAGAUAUGUAGAGAAGCAAGGAGGUGGGAUGAGAGAAAGAUAGUGAAUGGAAGUUGGUUAGGUAGGGUUAUAGUGGAUAGUGUUUGGCUAGUGUUACUCAUUUGAUCACCAUACAGUACGAUGCAGUAAUAGCAAUGUGAGGAAAGGAGUGAGCCCCCUGUGUAAGAGUGGCCUUAAACCCCCAAACACAUACACAUUGUCUUUGUAUAUAGAGAUAUUUCUUGUCCUAAGUUAUGGUUAUAUUUGAUUAUCUGUCCCUCUGAGCUGGUCUGAUGUGAUGUUCUGCCUGACUGGGUGUGUUAGUUUCUUAUGAGACCAUCACCUAAUGUUAGUGUGAGCUAAGUAACAGACCUGUCUGUAGAUAGUUUAUUAAUACCUACUUCACCUGUCUUGUCCAGGCUUUGGAUUUACCCUGAAGUGACUGUAUCCAUGAGUGUUUUAGGUUUAUGCCUUAGCAACUGGUUAGGCUCAGUGGUUUGAGUUGCUGGCUUCAGCUACUGUGAUCAUUUGGUUUUCGACCUUAGCUACUGUGUCGGUCAGUUGUCUCACACCUCACCACCUGGUGUACUGUAGUCAGACUCUGGUAAGCAAGGCUAUGGUCCUUGGUACAGUUCUGUUAGAAAGGCAUUACAUUCUUGAGGCAUAGGGUUAUCUUGCGAGUGAACGGUGCAUGGUGUUCACACACAGACCUCUAAGCAAUAUCAACAAAAAUGUCUUUAACCUUAUUUCCAGUUGUCAUCUUUCAGAAUCAUGGGGUUUCUGUGGCUUGUUUUAUGUGUAUAUUUUAAAUAAAAAUACAAAAUAUGUUCUUUAUCGACCUGUUCAGCGAUCAGAUUUUGAUGUUUCACAGUAAUUAUUAAAGGUUGUUAAACAACAUGUAGUUAAAGGAAUAUAAAAGUGCAAUUGCAGGGUUAUUAUUAGUAUUAUAAUCUGUCACACAGGGGAGUAGUUAUGUGCUUCUUCUGUUCUUAUCAUACACCACCGUGUAAUUUUAUCUUGUUUUACUGUGCAUAUAUAUAUGUAUAUAUGUAUGUACAUAUAUGUAUGCUUAUGUGUGUCUAUGUAUGUCUAUAUAUAUAUAUAUGU